UCUCACAGCUGUGUCGGCCGAGUGGACGAGGAGAAAGGCAGCGGGUGUCAUGCUGUCACUGUGACUGCCUCUUUCUCCUGCUCCUUCCUUUUGUCUCAACUUUCAACCUCAUCACUGCCACACUUUCUGCUCUCUCUUCUGCAUCAACUUCUGCAGAUCUGCAGCUGCAGCUCGUCUUCCGUAGCUCAUCACUCUCACCGUUCUGUUUGCCUUCGAGCACAUCACGACACUACUGGCUGUAUAUAGAAUGAAAAUGGAGCGGCGUCGGUCGUUUCCGGCCGUGGCAUUACCGCUGCUGGCGGUGUGGGCGUUGGUGAUGGUGGUUCCCUGCUUCGCCGCAGAUCCUUACGCCUACUUCGACUGGGAUGUGUCCUUCAUCAACGCCGCCCCUCUCGGCGUCAAGCAGCAGGUAAUUGGGAUCAACGGGCAAUUCCCAGGUCCCGUCGUCAAUGUCACCACGAAUUGGAACGUCGUCGUGAACGUUCUCAACGAUUUAGACGAGCCUCUGCUGAUCACAUGGAAUGGCAUCCAACAGCGCAAGAACUCAUGGCAAGAUGGGGUGUUGGGCACAAACUGCCCCAUCCCAUCAGGUUGGAACUGGACUUACCAGUUCCAGGUGAAGGACCAGAUCGGCAGCUUCUUCUACUUCCCCUCCAUCGGCUUCCAGCGAGCCGCGGGCGGCUACGGUGGCUUCAUCAUCAAUAACCGCGACGUGAUCGCGGUGCCCUUCGACAAGCCCCAUGGUGACAUCACCCUCUUCAUCGGAGACUGGUACAACAAGGACUACAAGGAUCUCAGAAAGGCCCUCGACGACGGGAAGGAUCUCGGAAUGCCCGAUGGCGUCCUGAUGAACGGAAAGGGUCCGUAUCGAUACAACAAGACGCUCGUCCCCGAUGGCAUCGACUACGAAACCAUACAUGUUCAUCCUGGCAAAACGUAUCGAUUUCGUGUGCACAACGUUGGCAUCUCCACCAGCUUAAACUUCAGGAUUCAGAACCACAACAUGCUGCUGGUGGAGACCGAGGGAUCGUACACUGUGCAGCAGAACUACACCAACUUGGACGUCCAUGUGGGGCAGUCGUACUCGUUCUUGGUCACCAUGGAUCAGAACGCAAGCAGCGAUUACUACAUCGUCGCGAGCGCUAGGUUUGUGAACGAGUCUCGUUGGAGCAGAGUCACGGGUGUUGCCAUCCUUCACUACUCCAACUCCAAAGGCAAAGCCUCCGGCCCUCUUCCCGAUCCACCCAACGAUUUCUACGACAAGACCUUCUCGAUGAAUCAAGCAAGAUCGAUCAGGUGGAAUCUGAGUGCUGGCGCGGCGCGGCCGAAUCCUCAGGGAUCGUUCAGAUACGGAUCGAUCAAUGUGUCUCAGGUGUACGUCCUGAAGAACAAGCCGCCGGUGGUGAUCAAUGGAAAACGACGAGCCACGCUCAAUGGGAUCUCGUACUCUCCUCCGGAAACACCACUGAGGCUUGCGGACGAGUACAAGCUGAAGGGGGUUUACACGCUUGAUUUCCCCAGCAGGCCUCUCAAAGGAGCGCCCAAGACUGGGAGAUCUUUGAUCAACGGAACUUACCGGGGAUUCAUGGAGAUCAUAUUUCAGAACAAUGACACCAAAGUUCAGACGUACCACAUGGAUGGAUAUGCAUUUUUUGUGGUUGGGAUGGACUACGGGGAGUGGACAGAGGAAAGCAGAGGAACAUACAAUAAGGGAGAUGGUGUUGCCCGCUGCUCGACACAGGUCUUCCCCGGAGCAUGGACUGCAAUCUUGGUUUCGCUGGACAACGUAGGAAUCUGGAACGUGAGGGCACAGAAUCUGGAUUCAUGGUAUCUCGGCCAGGAAGUGUACGUAAGAGUCGUCAAUCCAGAAAACACCAACAAAACAGAGCUGCCAAUUCCGGACAAUGCUCUGUACUGUGGUCGUCUCCAGAAGUACCAAAAUGAGCAGACUCCUCACCACAAGCAAGCUUCAUCUGCUUCGGCAACAUAUCGAACCUCCGAGUUACUGGUGCUGAUGCUUCUCCUGGUUGGAAUUGCUUGAUGCAAACACUGUUGUGGCUGAACAAGAUAGUCAUCUUCAUCACAGCAUCAAAGAACUGCAAUUUGAAAGGUCAAACAGCGCUAUGUGAGAUGGAUUUGUACCUUAGAACUGAGGCUUGUUGGUGCCACUUAUUCUAUGUGUCUGCCUCACCCAUUUG